AUGCUGUGCUCCAACAGCGGGAUCAUUAAGGAAAUAGUUGCUGCAAAUUGCACAGAGAGUUUGCCGUGGGAAAAGAAAUGCAAGCGUAUCCUGAGAGAGCUUGGACUGGAUGAUAACUCAACAGAAGAGGAUUUUGCCUUGUUGGACAGAGUGAACUGGGAGAAAACACUAUCGAGUAAAAUACUGAUUUGCAACCUAAAAGAAGUCUCAAGUAGAAUACAGACAGAAACAGAGAAGACGAUUCGAGUUUGGAGAUGACUGAAGGAAGGUUCUGAAUGCACCGACAUGCCAAUAUUUAUGAAAUAUAACUCUGAAAAACAACUAGCAAUAGGUUCAAUUCACAAACUAAGGGCUGGAUUUAACUUUAGCAACCACAAUGCGCACAUGAGGCACCUUGCACUCACUGGUAAAUGCGACACUUGCAGCAAUGAGGAGACUGAAGAACACAUAAUUGAAGACUGUCCUAGGUAUGAAUCUCUAAGAGCGAGAUUGCUGGAAGACUUAGAAGGAGCAUGCUUUCCAUGGAGGGAAUUCAGACUAGCAGAAGUGGUACUCUACAGUCACAACUUUGAGGCGAAAUUGAAAAAAUGAGGAGAAGCGAUGGUGGGAGAACCGAUAGCAAGGGUGAUGAUGAUGAUGAACUCAACCAAACCAUGUAAAAACUUGGCUGGAUGCACAUAUUGAACGCCAAAAUUCCCUUUCACAAGGUCCCAGGGUCUCCCGAGUUACAGGUAUAGCUUUUUGCCUUAA